UUCUCUUGUAUUCCGAAACUGCGGAAAAUAAAUUCCGAUUUUUUUACAAAUGUACAAAAUACGUGGUGCAUUUACGGAAUAAAGAUUCCGACAUUUUUACACAUGUUGUGUCAUGUAUGUAUUGUGUUGUAUUUGCUUUUAUGAAUGACUGUUUGAGAUGAAAUAGGUUUAUUCACUGCAGUGUUCGAUAAAUGGACCUAUUUAUGUGGUAUUGGGGCAUAACAAAUGGCCCAGUUGGUAGUAAAAUAGCUAUUCUACGUCAUUUUUUCACGGUAGGCUUUUUAAUAUAACGUUUCACAGAAUUCAUACGUUUUACAGAAUUUUUGCUUCAAGGUAACUAAUUUAUUUAAUUAAAAUGCCGAAAAAGAAGACUGGAGCACGAAAAAAAGCUGAAAAACAAAGCGAAAGGCAACGACAGAUUCGUACAAUGCGUGAAAACAUAAACUUGGCAAGUCGGCCGUGUAACUUCUCAAUGGAAUGUGAAAAAUGCGGUAUACGGCAAAAGAACCGCGCGUUUUGCUACAUGUGUUCUGCUGUACAAAAGCUACCAGUAUGCGCCCAAUGCGGGAAACAAAAAUGCAUGAAGAGUUCAGACUGUAUAGUAAAACAUCCGGGCCAGCACACUACAGGCAUGCAGAUGGUAGGAGCUAUAUGUGAUAUAUGCGAGGCCUGGGUUUGCCAUGGUAGAAAAUGCUUAAGCGUUCAUACAUGUGAAUGCCCACUGCUUGAUGCUGUAUGUUAUGAAUGUAAGCGAGAUGUAUGGGACCAUGGGGGAAGGAUUUUCAAAUGUUCGUUCUGUAAUGUGUUUCUAUGUGAGGACGAUCAGUUUGAACAUCAAGCAUCUUGCCAAGUUUUGGAGUCUGAUAGUUACAAGUGUGCGUCAUGUAACAGACAUGGCCAAUACUCUUGCAUGCAAUGUAAAAUCUGCUUCUGUGAGGACCACGUUAGACGUAAAGGUUUCACUUAUAAGAAAAAUGAACCAAUUCCGUGCCCAAAGUGCAGUUAUAAAACAGUUGAGACGAAGGAUCUUAGUGUUUCUACCCGAAAAUAUGAAUACGGUCGUCAAAAUGAGUUUGCUGACGAGCCUGAACGAGGAUAUUCCGAUGCCUAUCUUAAAGUAACUGGACAGUUUAACGAAAUGAAUUUCUAUGAAAAUGAUGAUGACAGUGAAGACUAAGCUAUAUUUAAGUCCAACAUGGGACAGUUUGUUUGGGGGAUAUUUUUUCAACAGCUUUGUGUGUAUUUAACUUAAAACUAGCAAAAUCAGGCAGAUUUUCGGUAACAACCUAAAUUUUUUUCAACUACAUUUCAGCUUUUAUUAGACUUAUACUGUUUAAAUACUUUUCUAAAUGCUUUGUAGCUGUUUUUUACAAAGUAUAAGACACAGUAUCAAUACGUACUAUGUGUAGUACAGUAUCACAAAACAUAUAUGUUAAUAUUGUUGUAUUGCUUUAACUAGUAGCCUAUAAAUUGUCAAAUCUAUUGUUUGGUAAAACUAUGUAUGUGUAAUGGUUGUAACUGUAUGUACGGUAAAAAACUUUUCUUCUAUAAAUAAUACGCAUUAUUAAAGUUUCUAUAAAUAAUACGCAUUAUUUUAAUAAAUGUUUGAAAACAUUUGACAUAAUUCUGCAAUUAAAAAAACAACUUUUUGUUGAUGAAUCAAUGUAUUUCCAG